AUGAAAAGCCGGGCAUCCUUCUUGGUGAUAAACAAGGUUCUGCGGAAUCGCCGCGGCAGGAAGAAAGGAACCCAGGAGGAAGUUGUCAGUAUUGUAGAGGUAGGAAACUUGGAAAUAAAGUUCUCAAACUCAUUAAUUAUUCAUAAAGAGAAAAUCACAACCAUGACACUGAGUGGUUUGGAUAUUGUAUACUAAUUACCAAAACAUUCUGCAAAUUUCAUCUUUGACUUUUUUUUCCCAGAAUUCUUGUUCUUUUGAGAAGGUAAAUCAAAAACUCCACUCUGUGUUUAGUCCAAAAUCCAGUCAUCUCAAAGUCAGCUGUGCCUCAUUCUUUAACCCGUGAUUAUUCCUGAUAUUGUGGUAUGAAAAUACUAUAGGGUCGCCAGCGAUAAACAUAAUUGCAACAAACAAAAUACAGUAUAUUGCACAUGUAUACUUGUAAUCUGAAAUGAAAUACUACAUUUAUUCCCUAAGUGCCCUAAGCUUUAGUAAUUAAACUCUUUCUCAAGGUCUACAAAUAUUAGACCUUGAGAAGGGAUGCUUAUUAACUUUUUCUACCUUUAGGACAGGUGCUUACUUAAAUAAAUUUGAUAAGCCAUUUAUUUUGUGACAAAAUUAUUAACAGUACAAUAAUGCAGGUGUAUUGUUUAAAAGAAGGGUUGACCAUACUGACUUAAUGUGUGGUUAUGAACAUUUCGCUAUCAUUUCUAAAAUUGUAACAUUAUGUUUUUUUGUAUUGCAGAGGGAUGCAGAAGUGGAUGAUGCAAUAGCAGGAUUUGUGCAGCCCCAGAUUUUAAUUGUCGGAGAUAUCUUUGACAUAGAUAUCAUUUACAUUGUGGCAGAGGGAGGAAUUAUUUGCCAACUCCCCCAGAAAUCGAUUUUAGAUGCUCUGCUUGGAUUGCUGGGGAGUUUUUACAUUUUUAAUGUCUCAUAUAAUCAAAGCAAAGCCAUCCUAACUUUCCGGGAGCAGGCUUUGCUGGAAAUUGGACGAGGGCAGACCCUUGUCACUGUUUCAUCCUUUUUUAAUGACUUGGCAAGCGCCUGA